ACACUCAUAGUGGAGCCAUCACUUUUCAACGGGACUCACAUCACGACAUUCACAGUGCAGACUUCACAUCUCUCUCACUAAAUCAUCAUCACAAUUCAAAAUCCCCCAUUACACAAAAACAGAAUGGCCGACACUUUCGUCUCCGACUUCCAAGUCCGCUCUCUCGUCGGCGAACCCUGCGCCGCCGUCUCGGUCCGCAACCUUUCCACCAACCUGUACGCCGCCUCCGACGCCUGGGGCCGCAAAUGCACCGCCGCCCCACAACCAUGUCUCAUCUCCGCCGAAGUCCACUUUAAGCAACCCUUUGGGACCGCCGCCGCCAACGACCAGCUCGGCGCCGACACGGUACACUACGGCAACCUGAGCAAGGCGAUCCUGGAGCGCAUGAAGCGGUUCACGGUGCCGAGAGAGCAGGAGCAGGAGCAGGAGCAGAGGGGUAGCGGCAAUGGUAACGGUGACCACAGUGUGCAAGAAAACAACAACAACAACUUUACGCUGGCGUAUGUCAUUCAUGAUUUGUGGGUUGGCCUGACGGGGUGGGCCCACUUUGGUUCGGUGAAGGAGGAGGAGAAGCCGUUUCUGGAUAUUUCGAGCAUCAGGUUCUUGUCGCUUACGGUGACGCUGCCCAAGGCGUCGUUGUUGGGCGAUGGAGUGAGCAUGACGUGCAGUCAGUUCUUCAAGAACGGGCCGGGCGAGAAGAUGAGGGAAAACCUGAUUAGUGCAUCCUUGAAGAUUCAUAACCUCAAGGUGCCGACGUUGGUGGGAGUGAACCCCCAUGAGAGACGGGCCAAGCAGUUUGUUGUGACGAGUGUGACCGUGGAGAGGUACUUCCGUAUGGAUGAUUAUUACUCGGAGCUGGAGGGUGUGGUUGUCAAGGCUCUUGAAGAAUCCUCCUAUGAGACUCUCGAAGCACUUGGUGCCCAUUUGGCUGAAAAGAUCCUUGAGCCGGAUCAUAGAAAAGACCACACAAAGUGGCAGGUACACAUUCGGAUGGAGAAGCCCACAGCUGUGCCUCUGGCUGACUGCCCCAUUGUCGAGGUGCGUGCUGGUUACGGGUUUCCCGCGCCCGGAAGGCCAGCCGCGAGCUAGGUCUUGGCAACUUUCCCAUGACAGCAGUCGU